GCCCUCCCGCUCCUUUAUUUGUACUCGAUUUCCUGUACUCGGUUAAAUUGUGUGUUUCACGGUUUACAUUUCGGACUGAUGUCGGUGUGUACAUCCUUGGUCACCGCUGCACUCAUGCUUAUUGUUUAGUCUGCGGUAAUGGCGACGUAUGUGAGCGAACUGGAAGCAGCUAAGAAGAGUCUGAGCGAAGCUUUGGGGGAAAACGUAAAGCAAUAUUGGGCAAACCUGAAGCUCUGGUUUAAGCAGAAAAUCAGCAAAGAGGAGUUUGAUAUAGAAGCCAGACGGCUCCUCACUCAAGAGAAUGUACAUUCCCACAAUGACUUCCUGUUGGCUAUUCUCACACGCUGCCAGAUCCUUAUUUCUUCUCCAGAGGGUGCUGGCUCCUUAAAUUCUGUAAUAAAGCCUGGAAAACCAAAAGGCAAGAAAAAAAUAUCAUCUGCUCGUCAAAAAUUUGAUCAUCGCUUCCAGCCACAGAACCCCCUAGCAGGAGCACCGCAGUUUGUCAUCCGGGAUCCUCAGGAGGAAGAUGAAUUGAAGUUGUGUUCGCAUACUAUGACUUUGCCUACGCGAGGACAGCUAGAGGGGAGGAUGAUUGUCACAGCUUACGAACAUGAGCUAGACAAUGUAACAGAGGAAGCUGUAUCUAUUGUUAUCUAUGCGUUGGAGAAACACUUGAAAGAUAUAUUGACUUCAGUGGUGUCUCGGAGGCAGGCCUAUCGCUUGAAAGAUGGCCACUUCAAGUAUGCCUUUGGAUGCAAUGUCAACCCACAGCCUUAUCUCAGGAACAGUGUUGCAGCAUAUAAUCAGCUAAUUGAAUGCCCACUGACGUCGUCUAUCCCACCUGGAAACAUGAACCCUGCAACCCAAGUGCACCCUGAUGAAGCUGAGCAACAAGCCGCCCUCUUACUAGCAUGUUCAGGGGACAGCAUGCCAGCCAGCCUUCCUCCAGUAAAUAUGUAUGACCUACUAGAAGCUUUACAGAUUCACAGAGAAGUCAUUCCUUCCCAUACCGUUUACGCAUUGAACAUGGAACGGGUCCUUAUGAAGCUCUGGCACCCAAAUACAGAAGAGUUGCAGCAAGAUGAAAUACAUCGCCAAAGGCUGUCUGCAAAAGAUGGGAUCCUUUUGUAUUGAUUCUUUACUUGUGAGCUACGCUUUGAUGAAUGAACUGAUAUUGUCCUAUUUUCCAAGGAUUUAUUGUAUUGUUCUCAGAAUCUUGUCAUGAUGGUGUGGACGUGAUUCUAAACCUGUACGUAUGGCAUACAGAAUUUUUUUGUUUUGUUUUUUUUUUGUAAAAUAACUAUAUGUAAGCUGUCAAUUAAACUGCAGUUCUCCCUA